GCUUUCGUCGGCGCAUCCUUGGCGGAAUGUCUGACGGACCGGAUCGUCACGUCAGUCGGUACCGUGCGUGCGUAAGUGCUACUACGCGGCUGAAUGGGAUACCAUCCCCAGGAAUGCCUUCGGCUUGCGAAGAACUCUUCAUGGGCGCCUAAACAUCCAGGGGACCAAGGCUCCCUGACACCUUGUAGACUUUCAGAAGCUCAGCCAUAACAUGCGUCCUAGCUUUUUUCCUUUUAUCAACGCCUGCGAUAACCUAUCUGCUCACACCUGACCGCGAAGAUGGGCCAAGGACCUUCCAAAGACGCCGUCUACCUCGAGACGCGCAUCUAAAACCCACCCGACAAUGCUCCGCGCGGGCUCGCACUCAUCGCCCACGGGCGACUGGGCGGGACGUACGACGACCCCGUUGUCCGCACCCUCGCCCGCUAUCUCGUCGAGCGCCGAAGCAUGCGUGUGGUGACGUGGAACGCUCGGGGCACCGGGAACAGUGGCGGCGGCAAUGAGUGGAGCGACUUCGGUGUUUGGAUGGGCGAGGCAGCAGUUAACGACUAUACGCGCCUUCUGAAUGAAUCCAUCGACGCUUUCAUGGCUGACCAUCCUGAUGUGGACGACGCAGAGAUGUUCAUCUGCGGUUACUCCGCUGGUGCCACCUUCGCUGCCGCAGUUCGUCCACCCCAGAACCUGGCACGCUUCCGCCCUCCGAGGUACAUCUUGAUCUCGUACCCCGUCGAGCUGGCACCAUGCAUCGGCGUCUUCAUGACGGGUGGCUACUUUCGCGCGCUCGAGGCGCUCGUUCAGGGAGAGGGCUGGGAAGGCAACCCCUACCCCGAAGGCCCGGUCGCUGGUGUCCUCACGCUGACAGGAAGCAGUGAGCGGGGACCGUUCUACGGAAUGUGGACGGGCAUUUUGUCGGGGAAGAACCGGCGCGGCAAUCUGAAGCAGGUCGUUGUGGAGUGGGCGGACCACGUCUGGACGAACAAGAUGCAUUGCAUACCUGAGGAGGUAGACAAGUGGCUCAAUGAAGAGUGAUCAUUUACGUCGAGGACACAUCUUCGGAUUGAAUCAUACAGUGCCGAACAAAACCAUGAAGGUCGUAAGUAGAAGAUUGUCAUCUGGAUCGUUGAAACGAG